GGCUUUGACACAUGUGACGGUGUUCACGUAGGCCUACUCAGACUCUCCCCUUUCAUCUGACAUCAAGUGCGCGCGGGGCACGUCUGCUGCAUUCGACUCGAUGGCAGAAUACCAGAGAAACCAGGCUGCUGACCAAACCUCUGAAGACCAAACCAUCAGAAAUGAUACGCACAGAUUUCCAGAUCAAACUAGUGGACGCAUGCUGCCCAGUGAGCUCAGGAAGCCCCGCAGUAACCGGGCAAAAUCUAAAGAACACAAACGACUGAACACACACAAACUAGUCUUGCAAUACAUCGUCCCGUGCAUGAACUCCUACGGCUUGUGUAUAGUUGACAAUUUUCUAGGGGACAGAAUCGGAGAGCGCGUUGUGCAGGAGGUGAAGCGCAUUCAUCAGAGUGGCAACAUGCAGGAUGGACAGUUAGUGAGCCAAAAAAAACUUAACAAGCAAAGCUAUUCGAGGGGACAAGAUUGCAUGGGUUGAUGGCACUGAAAGCGGCUGCCAAAACAUUAGCUAUCUGCUGACCCGAAUGGACAAGCUCAUCACGUGCGCAGACGGCAAA